UAUGCAUAUAUUAAAAUAUAUGCAUAUAUUUAAUAUAUUAAAAUGUUAAAAUAUGUCAUCCUGAUAUCAAACAUAUUUUGAAUUUUGAUUUCAUGAUGCCUUUAAUAUAUUUUACCAAGUAUACUUUAUUAAAAGAACAAAUUUAAUAUGCAAACCAUCUAGCUGAAUGAACUUCAAUUCAAAGAUCAUCUCAAAGAUUCUCAGCUGUCUGUCUGUUUGUGUCUCUCAUCUAUAUUUACCACUUUGACUCGCAAAGAGGCCAAAAUAGAGACACGUAUCACUUACUCCAUCACACAAUCACACACAAAUGCGGCUCUACGUAGAUGACAGACCUACGAGGAGUUCAGAGAAACACAACGUGAGUUUGUUAAGAACUGAAAAGCAAAAACACUUUAAUACAAUGCAUUAACAUGUAUUUUCUCAUUGUACAUCAAGCUCUUUCAUUUCAAAGGAUGAGCACACAGGAUGUUAGAUAUGAGACUCCGCCCAUCUGUGACCUUUUGACCCUCCUGCUAAAGAACCGACGACCCUCCGGCGCCUAUAAUGAAGUCUGGCCCAACAUCUACAUCAGUGAUGCACCAACAGCAAGAGACAAGACGCUUUUACACCGUCUAGGAAUCACUCACAUCGUCAACGCUGCACAUGGACCCGCUCACAUCGACACUGGAGCUGAUUUCUACUCGGACACAAGCGUAGAGUAUCACGGCGUGGAGGCACCAGACAACAGAGACUUUGAUAUCACACCGUUUUUCUACCCCACAGCCAGUUUCAUUCAUAAAGCUCUGUCCCAGCAAAGAGAGGGGAAGGUCUUGGUUCAUUGUGCCAGAGGAGUGAGUCGUUCAGCGACGUUAGUGUUGGCGUAUCUGAUGAUAUACGAAAAACUCACAAUCGCAGAAGCCAUUAGUACGGUUUGCGCCCACCGGAACAUUCUACCCAACGCUGGAUUCCUUCAACAGCUCCGUCAGCUGGACUCCAACCUCAAUCUGCAGAGGAAAGAUGGGAUCUAUUAGUAUAAACUAACAGGCAACUGUAUUAACUAAUUUAACAAAUUGUUAAUAAAUCAUAGAAUUGCAGUUUACAAUAUGAUGUAGAACAAAUAAACAGGAAAAUAUGGAAGUUUGUUUCCACCACUGAAUAAAAAAUAAAAAAGGUAAUUGCAACUUUUUAUCUAACAAUUCUGAUAAACUCACAAUUUCAAAUUAUAAAGUCAGAAUUACGAGUUAUAAAGUCAGAACUGUGAGUUAUAAAGUCAGAAUUGCGUAAUAUAAACUCGUAAUUCUGACUUUUUUUCUCAGAAUCGCAAGUUUAUAUCUCACAAAUCUGACUUUUUUUGCGAUUGCGAGAAAAAAAAUCAGAAUUACGAGAAAGUCACAAUUCUGACUUUAUUUCUCAUAAUUAGGUUUAUAUCUCGCAAUUCUGACAUAACUCGCAAUUCUUACUUUAUUUCUCGUAAUUGUGGGUUUAUAAUGCGCAAUUCUGACUUUUCUCACAAUUGUGAGUUUAUAUCCCGCAAUUCUGACAUAACUUGCAAUUCUGACUUUAUUUCUCACAAUUGCGAGUUUAUAUCUCGCAAUUGUGAGAAAAAAAGUCAGAAUUUUGAGAUAAAAAGUCGUAAUUACCUUUUUUAUUUUUUAUUUAGCGGCAGAAACAAGCUUCCAUAGGAAAAUGAUGGUUUAAGGAAAAUAAUUCUAAAUCAUGAUACUUGAGUUUAUUCAUUUGGGUUCAGUUUGGUGAUGCAAGUCUUGUAUCAGUCAAAUCUUUCAAUGUGUGCUUUGCUUUUGGGGUUCAGCCCUCUCUCUAGUGAGAGACAGAGGGAACAGACCUCUAAAAAUAACCCAGAA